AUGAGACGAGAUACCGACAGUGUUCCUGUCUGGUGCGCUGUUCUCUUCGCGGCCUCAGGGGUUUUCCAGGUAGACAGGCUCUACGACGACUCGACCCGUCUCUGGGCACCCUAUCGAUGGGCUUGGUACUUAGGGUUGAUCAGAGAAUGUAUCGACAUUGCGCAGCUCGUUAUGGCACGAGAAUCCAGCGCUUCAUCAUGCCUGAGUCUGUUUCUAGCUUCCUGGAUGCUCGUUCUCUACGCCAUUCUGCACUAUUCCAUUCGGCCCGGAAAAGGGAGCAGUCAGACACCUCCAGCUCAGAGCAAAACCCAGAGCACUAUGCCCGGCAAGGGCAAUAUCGAGAAUAUCCACGGAAUAAGGUUCGAUCUGGGACGAUGGACGGACUCGUUUCGUACCUUCAAGCGGUUUAUCUGGCCAAGUGACAAUGCCCCGAUGAAAGUGCGUCUUCUCUUCAUCGUGAUGCUGACUCUGGGCCGCAAGGGACUCGAGCAUUGGGCUUCGCAAACCUUUGGUCGAAUCAUCGAUGCCCUCGCAGAUAGCGAUGUAUGGUCUCCCGGAAGCAUGCUUCUGGUGACGUGGGCCAUCUCGCGGUUUUGCGUGCUCUUGGUACGCGUGCCGAAACAGUGGAUGUGGCUCCUACUGCGUGCCUAUAGCGAAGAAAAUUUAGACAAAGCUAUUUUUGCCAAAAUCAUGAGCGCGGAUGCCACUUUCCAUACGCUGAACAACCCGGCGAGGCUACACAAUGCAGUGGACAAUGCGCAAGGCGUUAGGUCAUCCUUUGACGCUCUCGUAGAGGCCUCUGUCGAUGCUUUGUUUGCAACGUGCGUCACUAUUCCGGCUGCAGCACGUAAGUUCGGACGACACGUAAUGGCCGUCAUGGCCAUACGUCUGAUUGUGCUGUUCAUCAACUUCAGACGAGGGACAGCAAGAUCUCAUCGCGCCAAUGGGCAAUUGUUGGCUACUCAGAAAUUCCACAAGGAGCAUCGAGAGGACAAAAUCAGAGGCUGGAGGACGGCGGCUGUCUUUGGCCAGCUCGCGCAUCAGAUUGCCGAGAACGACAAAAGUGUCGAGCGCCUUCACCGAUCAGUAUCCCAGUUUCAAAGGGAGGCGCUCACAUGUUGGGCUUACAGAAUCAUGGCCGAAGACGCCGGACACGUGAUCAGCGUGUUGGUCGUUUGUGCGCAGGUUUUUCUUGGGACGUCGACCCCAGGAGACCUUGCAGUCUUCAAUUUGCAUUGGGAACAGAUUACGACUCCGGCAACGUUGCUGUUACAGGGCCUGGAAGGGAUUAUGAAGAACUUACAGGACGCUGCUGAAGUAGCGGGAAUCAUGGACAUGGACUCGAAGAGGCUAGUCAAUCGAUUAAGGUCCAUAGAGGGUAGAAUAGAGUUACGGGAUGUCAGUGUUAGCCUUGGUGGCCAGGUGGUGCUCGAUUGCUUCAACCUGGAGAUUCCGUCGAAAAAGAAAGUGGCCCUUGUUGGGCCUUCAGGUGUGGGAAAAUCAACGAUACUCGGUCUGAUAGCAGGUCAAAUUGAACCUGAUAGUGGUAAGGUUCUAGUGGACGGCCAGGAUCUUAGAGAGAUCGACCGCCACUCGAUCCCGGACCAUAUAGGUAUUCUUGAACAAAGACCCCACAUCUAUAAUACUACCGUUAAAGAGAAUAUCCUCAUUGGGAAACGAGAAGCCACGAUGGGUGAGAUCGAAGACGCCUGCAAGAAAGCGCAUAUACACGAUGACAUUUCCAGACGAGAGAUGGGCUAUGAAACCCCUUGCGGGGUUGAUGGAAGGAACUUCUCUGGAGGGCAGGGCCAGCGGUUGUCAAUUGCGCGGCUGUUACUACGAAGGCCAAGAAUUGUUUUGGUGGAUGAAGGUACCAGCUUUCAGGAUGCAAUCACUGAAAGCCUCAUCAAGAAAAGUUUUUCGGAAGAAUUUGGAGAAAUGACUGUGUUCUUUACGGGGCACCGAUUUUCCUCAAUCAUGGGUGCAGAGGAGAUUAUCGUCCUCGGAAAGAAAGGAUCCAUCCUACAGAGAGGCAGUCAUGAUGAACUCUUGGCGUUGAAGGGCGGGAAAUACUGGGAAUACUGGCAAAAUCAUCUCGGAAAGUAG